UUUUUUUUUUUUUUUUUUCAGUAUGCCGAAGGUUGUUUCGCGUUCUGCUGUUUCAUCUUCAACAGAUGCACAGCCAACAGCCUCAUCCGCGGCUAGCCUACGCGUCUACUAUUGCAUCUGUGGCGAGUUCAUCCUUGUCAUCGACAAAUCCCUAACGGCUCUCCCCAAGCGCAAGACUGACGGCGCUAUUGUCAUUCGAUGUCAGGAUAGCGACGAUGCAAAGGCUCGGGUGUUCAAGCUAAAUGCAAAUCUUGGUGAUCCAGUUCUAAUCGAAAGACAAGGUGGUCAUGAACGGCAAUAUCGCUUCCUCUGCCCUCGGUGUACCUUGCCCGUCGCAUACCAGUCGACGCCGCCGCCAGCGAAAUCGGGUCCCUUCAUUUACCUCUUGCCGGGCGCUCUGACCCAGUUGCAAGGUCAAGUCCCCUCUGACGCUUUCGAUAGAGAUUAUGGGAAUACAUAGCAUAGUAUUUCGGUACAUUAAAAUUACCCUGGCUAGUUUUCUUUAAGUGUACAUUAACGCUGUGUUUACCCACCCGCAGGCUUCGAAUCCAAUCAGACCUGGA